UUCAAAGUGGAGACCAGUUGUAAGGAGUAUAAGAAGGCCUUCUGUCAGGUGUGGACCGACAAUAUGAAGACCACUUCAGAGCCGAAGAUCUUCCCCGCCGUCGGCGAAGACUACACCCGAAUCACGUUCUCUCCCGACCUCUCGAAGUUCAAAAUGGAUUCACUCGACAAAGACAUUGUGUCCCUCUUCUCGCGUCGGGCGUACGACUGCGCCGGCGCUGCCAAAGGGGUCAAAGUAUUCCUCAACGGCUCACGUAUUCAUGUGAACGGUUUCAAGGAUUACGUCGAGCUCUUCGUCAAAGGCAAAGAGGAUGAUUCGGGGGAACAGCUGAAGACCGCUUACGAAGUGGUGAACGAGCGGUGGGAGAUCGCGGCCACCGUCAGCGACAAAGGCUUCCAACAGGUCUCGUUCGUCAACUCCAUAGCGACCACUCGCGGCGGUAAACACGUUGACUACAUCGCCGACCAAAUUGUGACCAAAAUGGUGGACAUAAUCAAGAAGAAGAACAAAGCGGGCGUUAAUGUGAAGCCCUUCCAGAUUAAGAACCAUUUGUGGAUUUUUGUCAACUGUUUGAUCGAAAACCCGACGUUCGACUCACAGACCAAAGAGACAAUGACUCUGCAGUCGAAGAAUUUUGGCUCGAAAUGCGUUCCGAGCGAUAAGUUCUUCGCGUCGGUGACGAAGAACGGAGCGGUGGAUGCAGUGAUGUCUUGGGUUCGGUUCAAAGCGCAGACCGAACUGUCCAAACAGUGCAACUCUAAGAAACAGUCAAAACUGAAGGGCAUUCCCAAACUGGAGGACGCGAACGACGCCGGAACCAAACACUCCAUCGACUGUACACUCAUUCUCACUGAAGGAGAUUCGGCCAAAUCGCUGGUCGUGGCCGGACUCGGGGUCAUCGGUCGCGAUAAGUACGGUGUGUUCCCAUUGAGGGGUAAGAUGUUGAACGUACGCGAGGCCACCCAUAAGCAGAUCCUCGAGAACGCGGAGAUCAACAAUUUGAUCAAAAUUCUGGGCCUUCAGUACAAGAAACAGUACUCCACCGCCGAUGACCUCAAGACACUCCGUUACGGCCGACUCAUGAUAAUGACAGAUCAGGAUCAGGACGGGUCCCACAUCAAGGGUCUGCUCAUUAACUUCGUUCACCACAAUUGGCCCAAACUCUUGGAGUUGAACUUCUUGGAGGAGUUCAUCACUCCGAUCGUGAAAGUGUCCAAAGGGACGGUCGGGAAGUCGUUCUACAGUUUGCCAGAGUUCGAGGAGUGGAAGGCGGCCACAGAUAACUGGAAUAAAUACAAGAUAAAGUACUACAAGGGUUUGGGUACUUCGACGUCAAACGAGGCGAAGGAGUACUUCUCGGACAUGAGAAGACAUCGAAUCACAUUCAAAUACACGGGCGCUGAGGACGACAACGCCGUGAUGUUGGCCUUUAGUAAGAAAAUGAUAGAACAGCGCAAAGACUGGUUGACCGCAAACAUGGAGGAGCGGAAGCGGCGCCGCGAACUCGGUUUAGGCGAAGCCUAUCUCUACGAACACAAUACGCGAAGCAUUUCCUACAAAGACUUUGUGAACAAAGAGUUGGUUUUGUUCAGUAAUAUGGAUAACGUUCGGUCCAUACCGUCGCUGAUGGACGGCCUGAAGCCCGGCCAACGCAAAGUGAUAUUCACGUGUUUCCUGCGUAACGACAAGCGGGAGGUGAAAGUGGCCCAAUUGGCGGGCAGUGUGGGCGAGAAGUCGGCCUACCAUCACGGCGAGGUGUCGCUCAUGUCCACAAUCAUCAAUUUGGCCCACAAUUUUGUGGGCAGUAAUAACAUAAAUCUGUUGCAACCGAUCGGUCAGUUCGGCACCCGUUUGCAGGGCGGCAAAGACGCGGCCAGUCCUCGAUAUAUCUUCACAAUGCUGUCGCCGCUCACCCGCAAGAUAUUCCCCGAACUCGACGACCCGUUGCUUAACAAACAGUUUGACGACAACACGAAUAUCGAACCCGAAUACUAUGCGCCCAUUUUGCCAAUGGUUUUGGUCAAUGGGGCGGAGGGUAUCGGCACCGGAUGGUCGACAAAGAUCCCUAACUAUAACCCGCGAGAGAUUGUCGAGAAUUUGCGGCGAAUGAUUAAAGGCGAAGAGCCAGUGGUGAUGACUCCGUGGUAUAAGGGUUUCCGCGGCUCUAUUGUCGAAGUGGACGCCCAGAAGUUUGUGGUGAACGGAGAGGUGGCCCGACUCGACGGCUCCACAUUCGAGAUCACAGAACUGCCCGUCAAAACGUGGACUCAGAGCUACAAAGAGAAUACGCUGGAAGUGCUUCUUCACGGCACCGAUAAGUCGCCGGCGUUUAUCAACGAAUACAAGGAAUACCACACGGAGUCGACCGUACGCUUCGUUGUGGACCUAUCGGAGGCCAAUCUUCGCAAAUCACUGGACGGCGGUAUUCACAAGACAUUCAAAUUGCAGUCAUCGCUGUCCACCACAUCGAUGGUACUGUUCGACCACUUGGGUUGCCUCCGACGGUACGAGACGCCCGACCAGAUCCUGAAGGAGUACUUCCCGAUACGGCUCGAGCUGUACGUGAAGAGGAAGGUCUACUAUGAGGGCAAACUGGAAGCCGAGGCCCUGAAGCUCGAGAAUAUGGCGAAGUUUAUAGAGGAGAAGAAUGACGGGAAGAUUAAGAUGGAAAACAUUAAGAAAAAUGAUUUCGUCCGACAACUGAUCGAACGCCACUACGACUCGGAUCCGGUGAAGGCGUGGAUGAAGGCUAACGGCGUCGAGAAGAAGAAAAAGCAGAAGGACAACGAUGGCGAUGAAGGCAGUGGUGGCGAAGAGUCUGACGCCGAAGAGCCGACGGCCGCCGAUGACGGCAAGAGUUAUGAUUUUAAUUAUCUGUUUGACAUGAAGAUGAGAGCUAUGCUUAGAGAAAAGGUCGUUAAGUUGCUUAAGGAUAGGGAUGACAAGAAGCUCGAGUUGGAAGCGUUGAGACAGAAAACGCCGGCACAGCUCUGGGAGGACGACCUCCGGGCGUUCGGCGAAGAGUUGGAUUCGGUGGAAGAGCAGGAACGCGAGGCCGGCUCUAAG